AUGAAAACUAAUAUCUUUACAUCCUUGAUAUCCUUUUUCAUUUUGUUGCUUGUAUGUAAAGCUUAUAAUACUACGUCGUUACUAGAAAGCAUAAAACAUGAUCUUCAGAUUGUAAAUAAUUCUAACUUUAAUACAGUAAUAAAUAAGUUUAGGAAUGAGAAAGUAUUUGCAGUUUUAUUUUUUAAAAAGUCCAAUAAGGAUAUAAAAAAUAUAAUAAAAAAUUAUAAUGAUGUAGCAUCAAAAUUUAAAGGGAUAUUAACAUUAUGUGUUGUUGAUUGUGAUGAAAAUGCAUCUCUUUGUGAGAGUGAGCUAUCAUUAUAUGUACCAGAUUAUAAGAGUAGUAAUACACAUCACUUUUUAAUAUAUCCUAUAAAUCCAAUGCCAAAGUUUGUAUUUAAUGAUGAAAUUACAGAAAGUAAUAUUAAAAAAUAUACAUAUUUAAUACCUUCAAAAAUUGAUGUUAUUAAAGAUACACAAUCAUUUAAUGUAUUCUUAUCAAAACAUGAAAAUAUGCCAAAAGUACUUAUAUUUAGUAAUAAAAAAAAACCAAAUUAUGUUCUUAAUGCCUUAAGUAAUAGCUUCAAUAAAAAAUUAAUGUUUGCUUAUAUUAAUAAUGAAAAUGAAGAAUUAGUUUCUAAAUAUAAUGUAAAAAAUUUCCCAACCAUAUUAUUGCUCAAAAAAAAUAAAGUUGUUGAUACAUAUAAAGGAAAACAAAAUUAUAUUAACAUUUUUGAUUGGCUUAAUGUAUAUUCUGAAACAUUUGUCCUAGGAGGAGGAUUUGAUAUAUCUCCAGAUAAAACUAAUGAAAAACCAUGGAAAUUUGAAUUAAUUCCAAAAUUUACAAAACUAUCUCAUGGAGAUAUAUGUUUUAAAAAAGCUGACAAGGGAUUGUGUUUAAUUUAUUUAAAAGAAGGAGAAAAAUUAGAAAAAAGUGAAAUAGACAUGUUGCUCUCUCUAAAGGAAAAAUUCAAACCACACAUAGACGGAAGGGGUAUAAAUUUCCGAUUCAUGUGGAUUGAUAUUGCUAUGGAAACACAUUUCCGAUCCCUCCUUGAAUUCAAAAAGUAUCCAUCAGUUGUUGUUUUUAAUCCAUACAAAAGAAUAAGAUACGCAAAAUUGAAUGAAGACUUAACAGCAACUAAAGAAAACAUUGAAAAACUUUUAGAAAAAAUUUCAGGAGGUGAUGCUAAAUUUACAAUGCUUAAAGGACAAACACUUCCAGAAUUCAUACAAGACCCAAGCACAGCCAAGCAAAAUGAAAAAGAUGAAUUGUAA